AGGUUUUGCUGAGCUGCUGAGCCUUGGCAGUGGGCGCCUUUGAGGCUUAGAAGUGCCUCAGGGUUCUGUGGGCCAGCUGCCAUGUCUUCUUUUGAAGCACUGUGACAGUCAGCAAGAAGAUCCUGGGGAGCUUCUGAACCCCAAGGCACCUGCUACCACCGCUCAGUGAAGACUGCUUCCGAGGCAGAAGCAGGUUUCCAAGCUACAAUUAGCGCUCCUCACAUGCAUGCAUACGCACUAGAACUUCUCUUUGACCAGUUGCAUGAAGGUGCUAAAGCCCUGGAUGUCGGGUCUGGAAGCGGAAUCCUCACCGCCUGUUUUGCACGGAUGGUUGGACAAAAUGGGAAAGUCAUAGGAAUUGAUCACAUUAAAGAACUAGUAGAUGACUCAAUAAAUAAUGUGAAAAAGGACGACCCAAUGCUUCUGACCUCGGGGCGAGUACGGCUGGUUGUGGGUGACGGAAGAAUGGGAUACGCUGAAGAAGCCCCAUACGACGCUAUUCAUGUAGGAGCUGCAGCCCCGGUUGUGCCUCAGGCACUAAUAGACCAGUUAAAGCCUGGUGGAAGAUUGAUAUUGCCAGUCGGUCCUGCAGGAGGAAACCAAAUGUUGGAGCAGUAUGAUAAACUACAAGACGGCAGUGUCAAAAUGAAGCCUCUGAUGGGGGUGAUAUAUGUGCCUUUAACAGAUAAAGAAAAGCAGUGGUCCAGGGAUGAACUGUAAAAGCAACAUGAGCUUGACCAGUCUAUAACAUUGCAGUGGAUUGCUCAUCUCGGUCCUUAAAGCAUUUGAAAACCAACAGCAUCACAGCUUGUUUUGGACUUCGUUACACUCUUAUUUUCAGCAUGAAAAUGUGUGGUUUUGUAGGAUUUCCUAAUUCAGAGAGGCUCAGAGCCAAGGUUGCAGAGAGGACAGCAAAGUAUAACUUUGUGUGUUGUUUUAACACGCCCACAUUUUACUUUAAAAAUAUUAAAAGAAAGGGUUCUCCACGUGGAGAGCUUAGUUUGUGAAUUAGUUUUGAGGAGUGGCUUUGCUUUUCUUGAACACUUAAUUCUGUUCCAAUAUUAAUUUAUCAGAUUUCUUUUGUGCAUCAGAUAACACCACCAUUCACAAGUGUAGGUUUCUUGGUAGCCAAUGUCUGUUAGAUGCUACUAAGAAAAUAGAGAUGAGCUUUCUUUUUAAAGCUUUUGAUGUGGUGUCAUAGGAUAGCAUGUUGUAGAUACAAUCAGCUGCUGUUACCUUAAAACUAGGUGUUUGUAAAUACUGAAACUUAAGACGACGGCAGGUGGUGUCCUGUAAACACUCAGCUGUUCAGAUUGGACAUCUCGGAUGUAAUUUUCCCCUCUCUAAAAAUGAUAGGAGGUUGUAGCUCAAUAUCGUUUUUCUGUUUCUAGUUUGCUGCUGAUUCUGUAUCUGCGCCUAACACUGUGUGAACUGUGCUAGUCUGCACAGUUUCCGCAGCGCUGCUUUGCCAAAUAAACUUAAAAGCAAAAGAAGCGUUGGUGGCGUUUGAAUCUACAAGAACAGAGCUCUGCCAGGUCCAGAUGCUGCCCACAGCCAUGAGGGAAACUGUCUCUUCUGCUGCUGCGUGCUGUGAAUCCUAGGAGGUAAAUAUGCAGAGCAUUAGUCCACAGUACAUGGCUGCAUUUCUUCAGGACAGAGACUGUGCAUUCAUUGUUUCUCACUGCCUUCCCAGCCCAGGGCUUGCUGUAUAGUAGCUCUGUAUUAAAUGCCCAGUGAGUGAGUGGCUGAAUUUAGUAUUGGGGAAGAAUGUGAUUGAGAAUAAACAUACCAAAACCUAUGUUUCAUCUGUAAAUAGACUCAUUAAUAACUGUAAAGUGUGUGUCUGUGAAGGCAAAGGCACUUUGAGGAUCUUAUUUAAAUAUGGUUUUAUAUUUUCUAAGAAGACUUUAGUUUUUAUGAAGAUUCUAGAACUUGAGGGAAGGUUGCAGCUUCUGAUGGGUGGGACUAGCAUUCCCAGCCAGCAGAGCCUUCCUCCCAAGUGAAAGGCACAUGAUUCUUAGUGUGUGAGAAACCCUUCCCUACUCUUCAAGUCUUAUAUCACUAACUUAGAAGUUGUGCAGACAUCAUCUCACAAGUGUCUUCUUGGCUGAGGUCUCAGUCACAGGAAUCUAGCAGUCUGUGGCCCCACAGACUUGAAAAUCUUAACCAGCUUCGGAUUGCUGCUGGUUGUUGCUUUGGAAUCCUGGCAGUGAACUCUGGUGUCCAGGAUGCAUGGUCAUUUGAAGUAUGUGUAAAGGUCAAAUGUUCUUUCAGGCUUGAAAGCAAAUGAAUUCUUAAACGUACCCACUAGUCUGGAUCCUUGAGAGGGUCACUGCACCUUAUUACAUGCAGAUCUCUACACUAGGUUUUGCAAUAGAAAAAGGCAUUUCCACCCCAGUAGUUUUCAGACUAGUUGAUGAGAUAGUUAAUAAAUAAGCAUCAUAAAUUGCUACCCAAUUUGUAUAGAAAAUGUGCCCAAAUGUUGUUCUUGUGCUUUACACUUUUAGGAGACGAAAUUUUAGGAUACCGGAUAAACAG